ACAAAUACUGUUUUUAUUUCUGGAUCUGAUCUGAUUUUAUUUUUGGAAAGUUUCACUGAAGCCUUUUCCUCCACGUGCAGUUGAAUCAUGGGAAACGUGGAGAGUCAGACCGGGGACGGUGGAUUGUACGGUGACGCCGCGGGACAAAUCUCCCGUAAACACAAGUCUCGCUCCCUCCGUCUCUCCAACAAGCAGCCCAUCACCCGCAGGUCAAGACUUUCCUCCUCGGUGAAACAGGAGCACAGGAACUCCGAGGCCUCCACUCGCUCCUCCAGCACUCCCAGCAUUCCACAGUCGCUGGCGGACAACGGACUGGACCCUUUCAACGCCACAGAUGCUUUCGAGGAGUUCGGCAUCAACCCUCAUUGGACGCAACGGGUGGCUAUGACCAUGCGUCCAGAGUCUGAUGCCCCUUUGGCACCGCCCGCUCCCGAAACCUCCGAGGCGGACACGAUCGCCCAGGAUGGAGGAGAAGACUCUAUGGGGGAGGGAGAGGGGGAUGGAAACGGCCCAGGUGAGGAACGGUACCUUCAGCGCAUGAACGAGGGUCCCGGUGAAGGAGGCGGGUUUCUGAAGAAACGGUCAAAGUCCGCUGACAUGUGGAGAGAGGACAGUCUGGAAUUCUCUCUGUCCGACCUGAGUCAGGAACAUCUGACCAGCACCGAGGAGAUUGUGGGUGGAGGAGAGGAAGUGGAGGCGGAGAAGUUCACCGGACCUGGUGCAGGCUCAGCUGAAAGAGCAUCGUCUCUGGACCAUCUGUGCAGCCAGCGGAGUCCUGGCCUCAGGGGCCACAGGGGCCGUUUACUUAAAACCCGCCGAGAAGCUGAUCGUGAUGGAGACGGACAGCGGGAGGAGGGGUUGAUGUCUCCAGCUGAGGAGGAUGUCGGUGGGUACGGAGCUUUCACGCUUCCUUGCCGACGUUCCCACUGUCUCUCUGAGGGAUUGGCAGGACUUGGCAUUCCAGCUGCUCCGUGUCCUGCUUUCCAGGGUCGACGUGCACAGACAACACAGGACAUCUGUGGGGUUCUUGGUGAAGGCAGUGAGUACGGAGAUAGUGGCAUCGAUGGCGUCACCGCCGAGAUGGACGGCGACGGAGAGCUGGUGUCCCGUCGCUGUAAGGCCAUGUCGGCCUCGUUCUCCGUUUACUCGGCCGCCGAGAGCAGCGUGUUCAACGGCAGCGACAGCGGCAGCAGCAGCGCAGGAGGAGGCGACGGGAGAGGAGGCGAAGGAGGAAGAGGAGGAGUCUAUGAGAAUUUCAGGAAGGAGCUGGACAAUCAAGCCUGGACUCAGGGUAGAGACUGCACUGAGGACGUCGGGUCUGCUGUGAGCGACGAGCAGAGCAGCGGGACACUCAGUAGUGCCUUUCCAUCGGACACUCUGAUUGGCUGCGCACAAGGUACGGUCAGGAAAGCGGGGGCUCUGGCCGUCAAGAACUUCCUGGUGCAUAAGAAGAACAAGAAGGUGGAACCUGCCACGAGACGCAAGUGGAAACACUACUGGGUUUCCCUGAAAGGCUGCACCCUCUUCCUGUACGACUCCGACAGCCGUUCGGGCAUCGACCACAACAGCGUCCCCAAACACGCCCUGUGGGUGGAGAACAGCAUCGUUCAGGCCGUUCCUGAACAUCCGAAGAAGGACUUCGUGUUCUGUCUCAGCAACUCAGUGGGGGAUGCAUUCCUGUUCCAGACGUCCGGACAAACGGAGCUGGAGAACUGGAUCACCGCCAUCCACUCCGCGUGUGCGGCCGCCCUCGCCAGGCAGCACCACAGGGAGGACACGGUGAAGCUGCUGAGAACCGAGAUCCGCAAACUGGAGCAGAAGAUCGACAUGGACGAGAAGAUGAAGAAGAUGGGGGACAUGCAGCUGUCCACUGUCACCGACAGCAAGAAGAGGAAGACCAUACUGGAGCAGAUCUUCCUGUGGGAGCAGAACCUGGAGCAGUUUCACAUGGAUCUGUUCCGCUGCCGCUGCUACCUGGCCAGUCUGCAGGGCAGCGAGCCACCGAACCCUAAACGCCUGCUGGGUUUCGCCUCACGACCCACCAAGUUGGCCAUGGGACGACUGGGCAUCUUCUCCGUGUCCUCCUUCCACGCACUGGUGUCGGCCCGUACAGAGAGCUCCACCAGGAGGAAAAACCAAGCUCCGCCACGAACCUUCAGUAAACGUCGAAGUCGCUUCUCUUCACUCUGGGGUCUGGACACUGUGUCCAAGAGGAAGACAAAAGGACAUCCGUCCAUUAACCAGGUGUUUGUAAGCAGUACCGAGUCCACAAAGAAGCCCUUGGAGAGAAUGGUCGAAGUGGACUCUGCCACUGAGAAAUCUAAGGAGAAAGAAGGAUGUGAGAAAAGUCUUCCUCAGCAGAACCCAGACUGCAGCUACAUCUGGGUUCCGGAAAACCUGACUCCCUCCUGGGUUUGUCUGCCAAACAAUCAGCCCGUGCUGUUUAUCAUCCAGCCGGGAGACUCAGCGCUGGAGGUCCUCAGCUCCAUCUGCAAGACACACAAAAUCGACCGACCGGGCCACUACCUACGGCUGAAGGUGUGUGUUGAGAACCAGAUGUUCUUCUAUGUCCCCAAACUGGAAGACGACAUCUACGAUGUGGUCUACAAAGAGAUCGAGAUCCGGCCCAAAGUGACCAAACUGAUCCGGUUUGACCAGAGCGACUCCUGCGCCGACGGAUACGGAUUUUCUGUGGCCGUAAUUGAUGAAGAUGGAACACAGCAGUUACAUAUUACAGAAGUUAAAGCAGGGGGCGUGGCCUCAGCCAAAGGUUUGAAUCCCGGGGAUGAGAUCCUGUUGCUGAAUGGUAAAGCUGCAUCCGCCCUGCAGAUGGAUGAUCUGAAAGCUGCGUUUGUGAACCAAGCGUUGACCCUGUGUGUCAGCGCUCUGCCACAGCUGGACCCUCAGGUGCUGUGCUCACUUCCCCCUCGACGCUCUGAUGGAGAGCAGGAGACAGCUACGGACUUCUACUCCCAGAGCCACGAAGACAUUCUGGACGAGGUGUCAGGGUUGACGGUGGAGAGCAUGGAUGAAGGUGUGGACGGUCAAGGUCGGCCAAAUCUGCAAAGCCCGGAGGACCAGGAGGACAGAUCCCUCUCCGGGCCUGGACAGAAGAACUCAGACGCGGUCCCUGCCUUUUGCCGCAGCCAGCAUGACAUGAACCCUCUGGAGUGUCCCAUAUCCUGCUCCUCGUCCUCGUCUUCGUCCUCCCUCACCCCCAGCCCAGUGUCGGCUUUUCCUCCCACACCUGGAGCAGCGGCCCAGAGGCAGCUCUCCCACGCCGACAAGCUCCGCAAGGUCAUCAAUGAGCUGGUGGAGACGGAGAAGACCUAUGUCAAAGACCUGAGCUGCUUAAUAGAAUGUUACCUAACACCUCUGCAGAAGGAGAGCUUCCUUACACAGGAUGAGCUGGACGUUCUGUUUGGAAACCUCGGGGAGAUGGUGGAGUUCCAGGUGGAAUUCCUGCGAACGCUCGAAGAUGGAAUCCGACUGGUGCCGGACCUGGACAGGCUGGAAAGGGUGGAGCAGUUCAAGAAAGUGCUGUUCUCCCUGGGCGGCUCCUUUCUUUACUACGCCGACCGCUUCAAGAUCUACAGCGCCUUCUGUGCCAGCCACACCAAGGUUCCAAAGGUCCUGGCUAAAGCAAAAACAGACCCAGACUUCAAGGCUUUCCUGGCUGAGAGGAACCCCAGACAGCAGCACUCGUCCACGCUGGAGUCGUAUCUGAUCAAACCCAUCCAGAGGGUCCUGAAGUACCCGCUGCUGCUGAGGGAACUCUACUCCCUGACUGACCCCGACAGCGAGGAGCACUACCAUCUGGACGUUGCAAUGAAGGCCAUGAACAAGGUCGCCAGUCACAUUAAUGAGAUGCAGAAGCUCCACGAGGAAUACGGAGCUGUCUUUGACCAACUCAUCAACGAACAGACUGCAGACAAAAAGGAGGUGGUGGACCUGUCCAUGGGAGAUCUUCUGCUUCACUCCACCGUGGUCUGGCUCAACCCUCCUGCCUCUUUGGUCAAGAGCAAGAAGGAUCCUCAUCUGGUCGCCUUUGUGUUUAAAACAGCUGUUGUGUUCGUUUACAAGGACGGUUCCAAGCACAGGAAGAAAAUUGGUAGCUCUCACCGAGCGUCAGUGAGUGAUGACCGGGACCCUUUCCGUUUCAGGCACAUGAUCGCAACAGACUCCCUGCAAGUCCAUGCUCUUGCGAAUGCUGAGGGAACGCCCGUGUGUGAGAUCAUUCACAACAAGUCUGAAUCUGAAGGGCGACCGGAGAGAACAUUCCAAUUGUGUUGCAGUUCCCCUGACAGUAAGAAGGACUUCCUGAAGGCAGUUCACUCCAUCCUCAGAGAAAAACAACGCCGGCAGCUCCUGAAGACCGAGUCUCUGCCGCCAAACCAGCAGUACGUCCCAUUUGGGGGCAAACGCCUGUGUGCCCUAAAAGGAGCGCGACCCGCCAUGAACAGAGCAGCCUCAGCGCCAUCCAGAACGCUAGCUCGCCGAAAGCUGGUGAGGAACCGCUUCACCAUCGACACCAACCUGAUUUUCCACGGAGGCAACAACAACAACAGCCACAGUCCCGACGACUCCCACCAACCUCCCUGUCCACCGCUGUUCCAACCUGCCGGCCUUGAGUCGCACAAACCUCAGGAGGAGGACACAGAGCGCUGGGUGGAGGAGCAGUUUGACCUGGGCUCCUACGAAGGCCAGGCGGAGGUCAUCGACGUGGGGCAGAUGAAAGAGACGGACAUUUUAAGCGACGACGACGAGUACUGCAAGUCUGUGCGUGCGGCGUCAGCAGAACCAGCAGAGCUGCAGGGGAAGAUGGAAGGACUCGUGCUGCAGGACGGAAAGACACGGAGCCACAACGUCAACGGACGAUUAGAACCUGGAUUCGGGAUCGUAGAGGAUAAUCGAAUAAAUCACAGCGACGUUUCCGGUUCCUUCUCCUCCUGCGGCGUCUCCUCCGCUCUUAAACUUGCUUCUUUGAAGCAGUUUGCGGUGGAGGAGGCAGUGAGCGACGACAUCUGGGUGCGGAGGGAAGACUUUACCAACGGCUGCAAAAGUGACAUAUUCUGAAAUAAUUCGUGUACAAUUU